GGCGGGACCGAGCGGCUGGUUUCCGGUUCCGACGACGCGACCAUGUUUCUAUGGAAACCGUCGGAGGGCAAGAAGCCGGUGGCGCGCAUGACGGGUCACCAGAAGCCGGUGAACGAGGUGAAGUUCUCCCCGGACUCCCGCCUCAUCGCCUCGGCCUCCUUCGACAAGUUUGUCAAGCUGUGGAACGGCUUCACUGGCGAUUUCGUGGCGACCCUGCGAGGUCAUGUGAGCAUGGUGUACCAGGUGGCGUGGUCGGCCGACAGUCGUCUGCUGGUCAGCAGCAGCAAGGACUCCACGCUCAAGGUCUGGAAGGACAAGGCUCUCCUCAUGGACCUGCCCGGUCACUCGGAUGAGGUGUUUGCUGUAGACUGGAGCCCUGACGGCCAGAGAGUGGUCAGUGGAGGGAAAGACAAAGUACUGAAAAUAUGGAGAGCGUAGAGAGAUAGAGACAGAGAAGUGUGUUAGAAAGUCUCCGGUGGAAAAACUUGGUGGAGGAAUGUUUGUCCUCAUAUUAUGCAUGUUAUACAAAAAAAAUUUGUAUAAUGGGAAGAAUAAAACCUGCCAUGAUAGCAUUUUUAUCAUCAUUAA